AUGGUUGCCAAGGAGAAUGGAGCGGAAAGAGAAGACCUUUCCUAUGAUUCAGAAAAAGAAGUCACACAGCACAGAGAUAUGGAGUCCGACUAUGAACCAUCAAGAAAUUCUGUGUCAUCACAAGAUGUGCAGACUGUGGAAGAAAAUAAGGCAAGAAGAGCGUCAAGAGUUCCCCAAAAGCUGGCAAAAAAACACAACACGGAGAACACCAAAAGAGGUAAAGUCAGAGAUCGACAGGAAUCAAAUAGAUUGCAAUUUAAAGCAUCAAAUAACGGUCAAAACAAAUCUCAAAGACCUAACAAGGGUCCUUCCGAAACUAAAAACGUCCCUGAAAGCAAAUCGGCAGCAACAAAAUUUCCUGACACUCCUUCUGAAUCUUCUGAAGGAUCAUUUGAAAAGACUAUUGAAGAAAAGACUGUUGAAGAAAAGACUGUUGAAGAGGUUAAGGAAAAAAGUAUCCUGGAUGAGGCCCCCAAUGGUGAUCAGAGCGUUGGAACAGAUGACGAAACGCCUGUUACAGAAGAAAAUAGUUUAGAUGAAGAGAAAGGUAAUCAACAUCAAAACGUUGAUGAAAUGAAACUGAAAAUUGAAAAGCUUGAACAAGAGCUCAGAGAAGUUGCUGCACUCGAGAUUUCCCUUUAUUCUGUGGUGCCUGAACAUGGAAGCUCUGCGCACAAGCUCCAUACACCUGCUCGGCGUCUUUCUAGGUUGUACAUUCAUGCCUGCAAACAUUGGACUCAAGAUAGAAAGGCCACAGUUGCUAGGAACACUGUAUCAGGUCUUGUACUGAUUGCCAAGUCGUGUGGUAAUGAUGUUCCAAGGUAAUUUACGUUACUAAGAAUCAUAGAAAAAGAGAAUUUUUUUUCUAUCACGUCGACUAACAUGAUCUUUUUUCUCUUUCGUUUAAGGUUAACUUUCUGGCUGUCGAACACGGUUGUUCUCAGAGAAAUCAUUUCCCAAGCUUUUGGUGUCUCUUCCCAUACCAGUCUUGCUACAAGGGUUGCUGAGUCAAAUGGUUUUCCAAAGAAAGCAGAGAACAUAUUUUCCUCUCGAAAAUGGAAUUCGAAUGGCAUUGUCGGCAAACAGGCCAGAAAUCUUGGUCUUAUGCAAUUUAUGGAUGAUUGGCAGGAGACGGGCACAUUCACUAGUGCACUGGAAAAGAUUGAAUCUUGGAUUUUCUCUCGGAUUGUUGAGUCAGUAUGGUGGCAGGUGAGAUUGUCUCAACAAUUUCAUGGCUGUUCGUCUUUUCCCUACUUUGCAAUGCUAAUGCAAAGUAAGUCACCAUGUCUGAGGUGUUCACCAUUCUCCAUUGAUGGAUACAUCAUGUAUUACUAACACCUCAAACUCUGGCCAGUCUCAUUCAACAUGACAUGCUAUUUGAAUCAUAAUCUAUCAAUUCGUCUUUAUUUUUUUAAGCAUGAAUAUUUAAAUAAGAGAUUUGAGCUAACGCUUCUUGAAUCUGAAUAUCGUAUGAUUUUGUGCAAAAUAGCGGGAUAUGACCUGCUUUCCCCAAUCAAAAUCAGUUGAAAUUUCGUUGACAAAGUGGUUCGAGCAAAACUGGUAAAGUGAAGAGUAGGAGGGAUUGCAUAAGAAUAUGGCUUACGAAGUUUCUACCUUUUUGGAAAAAUAUAUAAUUAUUCAAUAGAAAAAAUUCUGCGAAAAUCGUUUAAUAACCGACUGAAUAUGCUGGCUUAAUAUUCAGUGACCCUUAGCAGCAUCAAAUUCACGGCACAUGAAUCUUGCAGGAACGGCCAGCCAGGCUACAUUGACUUCCUUUUUUUUUUCAACAUUAAUGUUUUUGUAUAAUUAGGUUUCCAGUAUUCCAUUGCAUUCGCAGCAUCUGACCUGAAUGUCUUCUUCCUUCAGACCUUGGCUCCCCAUAUGCAAUCAUCAGUCGAGGAUUUGUACGGUCAGGAUGAUGACAACUUUUCCACCAAUAUAUGGAAGAAGGCUUUCCGUGAAGCAUUUAAAAGGCUUUGUCCUGUAAGAGAAGGGAAGCACGAGUGUGGCUGCUUGCCUGUGUUGGCUCGAAUGGUAUGCAGUGAGCAUGGCUUUCUUUUUUAUUGAUGAUUUGCUUCACUAGACCACGAACCUCCCCUCACCUCCAAGGGAAAAAAAAAAAAAACAACCCUCUUAACCAAUAAGAAAGAAAGAAAGUAAGAACAAGACACGAUUCAAAGAAUUUUUUUUCCUGUUUUUCCGAUAUGCUCAAUCUAUUGAUUGUCUGAAGAAAAUCCUCCUAUUCUUUCAGCUGUGAAGUAAUAAAAGCGUAAAAUUUACCCUAAUGUUUAUUCAUCAGGGUAUUGAUUUAAUUCGUUUCUGUUGACUCUUUGUCAUAGGUGAUGGAGCAGUGUGUGGCUCGAUUAGAUGUUGCCAUGUUCAACGCCAUUCUACGGGAGUCAGCCAAUGAGAUUCCAACCGAUCCUGUGUCAGAUCCCAUUGUGGAACAUAAAGUGCUUCCGAUUCCCGCUGGUGACUUGAGCUUCGGAACCGGUGCCCAACUUAAGAAUUCGGUAUGCGGCACUUUUGCUCUGAUUUUUUUCCUUUUAUGGCUAACUCAGUGGCCAUCACCGAUUCUCUGUAACUCAACUGAACGCAUAUGAAUGUGGGCUUGCUUUUAGUGGCAAGAUCUGAGUUGUCAUUAAAUUAAAUUUGCUAAAUGGGGUUAAUUCUCAAAAUGGGCGUAACGAUAUUUUUAAUUCCACUUAAUUUUUCACUAUUGGGACUGUUUUAGCAAGAAGUUGAGAUCAGUUCCAAAAAAUCUUGUUCUUGCAGAUUGGCAACUGGUCGAGGUGCCUUGCAGAACUGUUUGGAAUGGAUUCAGAUGAUUCCGCAAAGAGCGGUGACGAUCAGAUCGGCGAGGACGGUGAUCAUCGGCAAGGAGAUGACGGCGUGAGCAGGAACUUUCCCCUGCUCAAUUCCCUGAGCGAUCUUCUGAUGCUCCCCAAGGACAUGCUCCUAAGCAAAUCGAUUCGGAAAGAGGUAGAUUCUAGAUUUUCUGUAGAAUCAAUUCAGGAUUCUCUCUCUCUCUCUCUCUCUCUCUCUCUCUCUCUCUCUCUCUCUCUCUCUCUCUCUCUUGUGAGGCCCUAAUCGUGGGUGUUGGGAUCUCAUUCAAAGGUCUGCCCGAUGAUCGGCCUCCCACUAAUAACGCGGAUUCUCUGCAAUUUUGCUCCCGAUGAGUUCUGCCCAGAUCCUGUGCCGGGCAUCAUCCUAGAAGAACUCAAUGCCGAGGUAUGUUCUCCACUGAUUUUUUUGAAUUUCCUCUAAUGAAGCAUUUAUUUCACUUAUGAUCUUGAAGGCUAUCAGUUUUUUUUGCUUUUUAAAUCCAACUCAAAAUAUGAGAGAGAGAGAGAGAGAGAGAGAGAUGAUAAUUUGGCCUCAUAAAGCACCAUGCAUUAUCUUUCCUACAUAAUAUUUUACCAAAUGAGGAAAUUAUAUGCCAUAAUUGGCCUGAUCCAGAUCUUGCUGGAGCGGCGGUCUGCAGAGAAGGCCCUGAUAAACAGCAUACCCUGCACCGCCGAGCCUAUCGCCUACUGCCCCCCUUCACCGGCCCAGGUGGCGGAGAAGGCGACAGAUGGCGGCGGGACGCCACUUCUGGGGAGGAACCCGUCUAUAAUUCAGAGGAGAGGGUAUACCAGUGAUGAGGACUUGGAAGACUUGGACUCUCCCCUCACCUCCAUCAUCGACAGGAAACAGCCACCUGCAGCUGCUGCCACUGCCGGAAAUGGAAAUGGGACCUUGAGGGAAGCUGCAAGGUCCAAUAUGAGGUUCAAGCUCCUUCUAGAGGUAUGGUCUGAAUGA